AUGUGCGAUUUCACUAAGAACUACUACAUAUAUACAUCAUGUAUCGAUCCUGGCGCCCACUUCUUCAGAACCUCAGUGGACGGCAACCGGAAUCGAACCUGCGGCAAGGGCCCCCAUGAGCGUUACAUUGUCGUUCCCGGCCACUGCCCGCUCUGUGGUGGCUAA